CAGAAUCCGUUAUGUACAUAAGGUGACGUGGAACAGGCGAGUGAUAAUGUGAAUUUAGUGCACCAUAGUUGAAAUUAACACCAUUAGCUAGCUAGUUUAUUCAGACAUCCAACGCAGUACACAUUUUUUUUAAAAUAUUUAACUAUGUGCUGCUGUUGUUAGGUGAGUUGAUAUUGAGAUAUAAAGCGAGAAAACAGUGCUAGCUCGACAGCUGUCAGGCUAGCGAGGCGGUCGUGUCAGCACUGCUAACAUAGCUGACUGGCUCGCAUUGCGGAUACAACACAACAGAACCUCCUGUGACAAACAGGUCUUGCAUGAGGUGGUCAUCUUUCCAGAGUUACCAUGGCGAGUCCAGAUGAUCUGAAGUUCCAAGAGUUUGAUGAGGCCACUGACCUGCUGUUAGCAGACCCUGGGGCCUCCACCCUCAGUAUGUCUGGCUCCAGCAGAACGGCCCCGGCCGGUGCCACUGGGGACAUCAAACUGGACAUGUCCGAUGAUGAGGGACAGGAGGAGAGUUCAGAGCUCCUAAGAGGGGAGAAACAAACUAGCGGCUUCUGGACCUUUGAGUACUACCAGUCAUUCUUCAAUGUGGAUACAAUGCAGGUGCUGGACAGGGUCAAGGGGUCGGUGAUGCCUUUACCAGGGCGGAACUUCAUCAAACAUACCCUCCAGUCGAGUCCGGAUUUAUAUGGUCCCUUCUGGAUCUGUGUGACGCUGGUGUUCUCUCUGGCCAUCAGUGGAAACCUGUCCACCUUCCUGAACUCUCUGGGGAGCCCCCAAUACCACUACAGACCCCAGUUCCACAGAGUGACGAUAGCUGCAGUAGUGAUCUUCCUGUAUGCCUGGCUGGUGCCCCUGGGUGUAUGGGGUUUCCUGACCUGGAGGCAGAGGGAGGAGAGGCAGCAGAGUGGUUACUCCUUCCUGGAGACGGUGUGUGUCUACGGCUACUCCCUCUUCAUCUACAUCCCCACCUCAGUGUUGUGGAUCUUACCAUUCGAAUGGCUCCGAUGGCUCCUCAUCCUGGUCGCCAUGGUAAUCUCUGGGUCGGUCCUGGUGCUCACCUUCUGGCCCGUCGUCCGCGAUGACACCAAGGUGACUGCUUUUGCCACCGUGGCAACAAUCGUCAUUCUCCAUGCGCUGCUAUCAAUUGGCUGCAAGAUGUAUUUUUUCCAGACAGCGACUCGCACACCAGUUCCUACACUCGCACCCAACCACACAGCAGCAAUAUUUACCAACAAGACCCACUGACCAAGAGGAACCGGAGGGAGGGAGAUGUCCCAACACUUAAUGACCUCUUCUCAUAGUCACAAUGUUUGAGACCACUGGGGAAUCUGAAAGGACUAGAUAAAAGGUUUAGGCUUUUGUUACCUACUCUGUGAGCAUUGGAAGAGUAGCUAGCUGGCUAACCGCCAAACAGAUGAUGGCGAUCUCGCCAUUGACUAACUACAUUGUUGUUGUGUGAGGACGAUAUGAGUCGAGAGGGAAAAGUUGGAUGAAAUCAGAGUUUACGACACCUGCGUGGACGUUGUUUUGAGUUUACAGCUCAGUGGGUCACACAUUAUCCAGUCCUUUCAGAUCAGAGAAGGGGACGUAGCGAAGUAGGGCCUGCAUACUCCGAUGCUCGAACCAAUAAUGAUACAGAGGACCGACAAGUGGUCAGAAAGGUACCCAUAACAUUGUUGGAGGUUCUGGGUGUGUGAGCCCUACUCUAGUACAUUAUGGACUUAACUGGACCAGCAGCCCAUUAAAAGUGCUGUGCAAUUGACUACAUAUGUUAUUACAAAGAGAAGGGACAAGGAUAGAGGCCUAUGAGUAUAAGCAAAUUAUGGGUUAUGAGGAUUGCAUUGGGGGAAACUGUCUUGCUUAUGCUGCAGAAAUGAUUCCACUGUAAAUUCUGCACUUGUAUAUUGUAAUAAAUCAAUAUUUAUCAUGGAGAAGUUGGGUGCACCUCAAUAGUCGGAGACUUCCUCAUCUCUACUUUUAUCUGCACUAAAAACAUAGGAAAGGCAGAAGCAUAUGAGAUCUGCUUUAACCAGCUCAGUUCUGUCAUGACAAGGAAAGGAAUUCUUUAUAGACUUGAACUCCUCAGCUGCAGUCUGAUCUUGAGAUGCACCUAUUGAAGGGAAAUGCUGUAUGAAUGUUUAAUGAUGUACUAAUACAGGGGUGGCCAACCUUAUCCAUAAAGGUGCAUGCUUUUGUUCCAGCCAAGCAAAAACACCUGAUUCAACAAUCAGAUGAGAUGGAUCAACAGGUAUGUUACAGCUUGGCUGGAACCAAGGCCCACGCCAGCCCUCUGCGGGUGAGAUUGUACACCUCUGAACUGUGAGAUUGAAAAGGGUUGUUUUAGAACUCAAACCACUCUUAUGACCUGGAACACGUGUAGUACUGUGCUGACUAAUGUAUCCACACAACUUUUUCUCUUUGUAGAUAGACUUGUAAAUUAAGGAAAGGGUUUGUCAGUGUAUUUAUUUUUUCCUCUUUGUUCAGACUUCUGGGUUUGUGCGAAUAAACUGUAGUUUCAGUCUGAA